UGUUCAGCGCGUUGGGCAGGUGAAUACGAGUACGAAGAUCCGAAAUCCGAGGACGAUGUAGUUAAUAUAACGUAUAUUCUUCGAGAUGGGAGCUCGUGGAAGAUUCGAGGGAAAGUCGGUGAUAAUGUUAUGUAUCUGGCUCAUAGGCAUGGAAUCGAAAUUGAGGGUGCUUGCGAGGGAUCUCUGGCAUGUUCAACGUGCCACGUUUAUGUGCAAAACGAAUUCGUCGAUAAACUGCCAGAACCAAAAGAAGAGGAAGAAGAUAUGUUAGAUAUGGCACCAUUGUUGAAACCAAACUCAAGAUUAUCGUGUCAAAUCAUUCUCACCAAACAUUUGAAUGAUAUCACCGUCAAAUUACCGAAAGUGACAAGGAAUUUCUAUGUGGACGGUCAUGUUCCUGAACCGCAUUAA